UAGUUUCAGCAUCAUAUCUAAGGAUCUCCAACUACAAACUACAUAGUAGAGAUGAAAUCUGCUUCACUACUUGUUCCGAUUUGCUUGUGCCUCGCUUGGCUCUCCUUCCAGCAGACAAUGGCUGUUGAUCCGACUGUCGGCUUCACCUCUCUGCCUCUCGAUCAAUCCAACUUUGAUAUUCAAAGGCCUUACGAUGUCCCUGUGAAUAAACGAUACAGCUUCAUCAACGGAGUUCACAGGAUGUGGGUGUACAAAUCUGAUAAACCUCAUUCACCUGAUAGCCAUACUAAUCCACGUACUGAAAUCCGCAUUAAGGGUUAUGAUUUCUCAUCUGGUGUUUGGCAAUUCGAAGCUUACGGAUACGUUCCAAAAGUAACAUCAGGGGCAAGCAUUAUGCAAAUCUUUGGUGGGAGCCCUCACGCAACUACUCUAAUGCUUUGGACAUACAAAGGCACACUUGCAUAUUACAGCAACCCUGUCCUUGUCCGCCACAUUUACAGCAGAUGGUUCCGACUAAACGUGAUCUACGACGUCGAUGCAAACAAAGUGCAGGUUUACAUCGACGGGGACCUGAAACUUGAAACAACUGGCAGAGGAGGAAACUCUCAUUUCUUCAAAUGUGGAGUGUAUGCUCAAGACCACGAUUCUCAUUAUAUGGAGUCCCGUUGGAAGAACAUUAAAGUUCUCAGGAAAAACUAAACUGUAAAAGGGUCGUAAUGGGAGGAUCAGAGUGUCUGUUGAGUGAAAUGAUAGCGAGGUAGAGAUUAUUUUUAAUCAAUUUGGAGCUGAAUUAACAUAAUUGUAAUGGUUAUGAACACAUGUAUCCUUAAGAUGCCUUUUUGAUUUGUUA